GUGCUGAUUCCGCGCCUGAUGGUAUGAAUGUGGUAUGCACUGACGUGAGUCUACUAUCAGCGCAACCGAUUACCAAUUAUUCUGCGCUGCCGGCCAUAGCCGGCCAUCCGAACGUUAUUAUUACCAUUCCAUCAUUGAUCCCAUGUUUUCAUUCGGUGAUAUCAAUGUCACAUAUGAAGGCGAGGGAACUUGCCAACAACGCUCUUCAUAUUCGUCAUGCCCACAGUCCAGCUAAACACCAAUCAUUUUAACCUUGACGUCGGUGGCUUCGCAGGUUUCUUUGGAGGCGAAGAGGCGGUUUCCGCAAUGGAGACUGUGCACCUCUACAGAGGAAGACGGUGGACAGGCUGGUUCAAUUCCCCAGGCAGCUACAGCGUCGGCAAGCACUAUGGGCAAAUCGCCAGUUCUCGUUUCUGGAACGGAAUGUUCCCGGGACCUGCUAACGAGCCCACCUCGUAUCUAGGGCUGGAUGGAAAGCCCGGCCCUAUGUAUGUCGCAUCCCAGUCCGGCACCUUCCUCAAGCAGACCGGUCACCUUGCAUACCUGUUAAUGCAGAGAUGCAAGGACCAACAAGCCGUGACAGUAGUGGGACGAAGGACAAAACCGAAUAAAGUUACCAUCUUGAACGCGCAAGACAUCAACUUCGACACUCCUCAGGCUAGUAAUGCCGAACCUAGCUUCGUCGUGCAUGCCCGAGAUGGCUUCCACAAACUCGUCGCAUUGUUCCCUAUCGGCACCAGCAUCGCAACGUGCAUACUUUGUGCGUGGGGCGAUGACUGGUAUUGUUUCUCCUUGAUCCUCCUAGGCAUUCUCGCCAACGGCAUUUCAUGUUUUGUUAUCGGCUCUGCAUCCAUAGUCCUCCAGAGUGUCGCGCCCUCUAAAAAUGCACCUCCAGGUGAUGGCAUAUUAAUGGACGGCGAUCAUUCCAUCGUCGUCCUUGGAAAAGAGAAGAACGUCAUUGCCAUCACGAAGGGCAAGUUCCAAUUGGACUACAAGCCCUGGGCCCGUAUGCGUAUUAGAAAGGAGAGGAGGAAUCGAGGCAUUGUAGGGGACGGGAUCCAUGACGUCCACCACUGGCUUGGCAAGAAAGAUGCAGAGGGCAGUGCGGAGGUGCAGAAUGAUGAAGACGCCGAAAUCAAUAACGAAUACGGAGCGAUCGGGCUCUGCUCAGUCCUCCUAGUCUGUCAGUUUCUCACGCAGUUGCUCCUGAUACCACAGGGCACGCUGUUUGGGCAAGUCAUGUUCCUCAUUUCCUUCGCUGUGUCAUGGGCGUACAAUCUCUUCUUGUCGUCCAUGGACAAGGAGUACCUGCAGGAGGACCAGCUCAUCCAGGCGCUGAAAUUGUCGGAGGAUCAUAUGAAGACGUACAGACUGGGUACAAGAACGACCGCAGCUGUUUUCGCUUGCCUGGCUCUUCAGCCCAGCUGCGAGUCCGGAGAAUGGGAGAAGAGAGGUUUUAGGCCACAAGAGAUCCUUCGGCAGUUCAUUCCGAACGACACGCACGUAUGGGCGGUCUGGAAAGACCAGGUAUUGGAACAGAUGAAAAGUGGCACGUCGGCCUUGCAAUCUUUGGAUCUCGAGAGUUGCGGUGACCGUAUAGCUGCGUUUGACGAUGCCGAAAGAGAGUUACUGAACGUUUUGCUCUCGGACGCUCGCACUGCAUUCCAGCAGCAUUUGCUAUUGCAGGCUCGGAGUCGCAGUUUGGCUAGCAGCAGGUCGAAUAGUAUGAAAGCAGAGGCGUAGCGAGAUGUGCAGUUCUGUAUAUCACAAAAGGAGCGCCCCCGUUCUGCCUGUUUCCAAGG